AUGCCAGGAUAUUGCUGUGUACCGAAGUGUGGUGGAAAAGGUGGACACCUAUUCCCCAAAAAUAAAGAACUUUGUUCAAAAUGGAUCGCAGCUAUUAAAAAAAGGGAGAAACCUUAUCAUGGCAAGUGGGAGCCAUCAAAGACGUCUAUGGUCUGUAAAAGACAUUUUAAAGAAGAGGAUUUUAAGAGUGAUGUCACUUUUGCAACAGGCGAUCCCAGAAUUUUGAAAUGUUUGAAAAAGAUGGUAGUGCCAUCUAUUUUUGAAUGGACAAUAUCCCCCAAGACACUUGAAGUGGCGCAACUUCACCAAGAGGACAACAUUGCUGUGGUGAAAAGUGUCUUGGGCGAAGGAUCAAGAGUUGAAGACCCAGGAACAUCAGAAAUGGUUGUGUGCAACCUAGACAUUGGGGCUGAAGAAAUUAAUGUUGAAAAUCCAAACCAGCGCAUAAUGGAAGGUGGAAAUCAGUUGACCGUACAGGUUAAAUGUGAACCUGAAGAUGAAAUCAAUUCAGAUGUUGUAAACAAGUUUUCAGUUUCAGAGCAAAUUAAUUCUGCUGUAUCAACAUCUUCAAUUAGUGAAGAGAUGAAACCAGAUGUAUCCUUAUUAACUUCAAGUAUGUGUACUGAACAAUUUUCUUUUGUUAAAUCAGAGAUUUAUGAUGAUUUAGAGGAACUGAAGAAUAUCCAUACAGAAUACAUGGAUAAAUUAAGUUUAAAAUCUAUUUAUACAGAAUAUAAUUGUGAUAUGUGUCAUCAGAAAUGUAUCAAUAAGGACCACAUUACACAACAUUUAAAAAUUAAAACUGAAGAGAAACAACAUGAUUCACAAAUUGUUCAUAACAACACAAACAUUGGUGAAAAUCAACAAGAAUGUCUUACUUGCCCAGAAAUGCUUUCUUUACAAUCUAAUAUAUCAAAGGAUCUAAAAAUGUAUUGUGGUGAAAAUAAUCCAGAAUUUCAAUCAGUUGAAAUGAUUUUUGAAUGUAAUGUAUGUCAGAAAAAAUUUUCACAGCAAUAUCAUUUAUCAAACCAUAAAAGAAUCCAUACUGGAGACAAGAAGUAUGAGUGUGAUGUGUGCUAUAAAGUGUUUCUUCGGAAGAAUUAUUUAUUUAGACAUAAAAAUCUUCACACAGGAGAUAAACGUUAUGAAUGUGAAGUUUGUCAUAAAGUUUUUUUUAAUCCCUAUUAUGUAUCUCAACAUAAAAAAACUCAUUCUGGAGAAAAGCCAUAUGAAUGUGACAUUUGUCUUAAAAUGUUUAGUCACAAGUCAUAUUUAUCUACUCAUAGAAAAAUUCAUUCUGGAAACAAACAAUAUGAAUGUAAUGUUUGUCAAAAGAAGUUUUUUCAUAAAUCUAAUUUAUCUCAACAUUUAAAAAUUCAUUCUAAAAAAAAGCCGUAUAAAUGUGAUGUUUGUAAUAAAAUUUUUUCUCAUCACUCUUAUUUGUCUCAACAUAGAAAAAUUCAUUCUGAAGAAAAACCAUAUCAAUGUGAGUUAUGCCAAGCAAAGUUCCUUCGUAAGGACGUUUUAAUGAGCCAUAUAAAAGUGCAUUCUAGAGAUAAAGAAUAUGAAUGUGAUGUGUGUCUUAAAAAGUUUUCUCGCAAUUCAUAUUUAUAUAAACAUAAAAAAAAUACAUGCUUAAGGAAAGCCAUAUAUGUUUGAUGUUUGUCUUAAAAACUGUGUUCACAAGUCUUACUUUUACAUGAAAAUGUUUUCUAAUGAUACAGGAUCAUAAAUAUAAAGUUUCACCCAAAAUUUAUUCAGAAUAUUUGUGCUUCAUAAGAUUCUUUAAAA